AUGUCGCUGCCUCAUCCCGUCAGAACCAUCAUGCGCCGCCUCCGUUGUGUGGUGCACGCCAACGAUACAGACCUGGCUUUGGUUCUGGCUGCUCUCCCGUCCGCAGAGUUGAUCAGACUGUAUCGGUUCACUCGUAUUGCUGCCCAGGAGCUGGACGUGCCUUGGUCCUCUGAUGAGAGCUCCGAGAUCGAGUUUCCUUCUUCUGAGGCAUAUGGAGGAGCUCGUGAGCCACGUGUGCCCAUCCCAGGGUCUUUGACUGGUUCGUCUGAUGGUCCACUUCUUCCGUCUUCAUCAGUUGACUUGCUGGGGACCGAGGUCCCCUUUGUGGACACCUAUGACUCUACGAGUACGCCUGUACUGCAGGUCGCUCCUGUCUCCGAGGAGGUCGCUGCCGAUGUGAUGGAUGUUUCCAGUGAGUCCAUCUCUGUUACCCCCAUUGGCGGGGGGGUUUGGCUGGAUCUCAAUACCAUGGAUGGCGAUCCUGUUGAUGCUUCGGCUCAGCCCUCUGAUGAUAUCCAAGGUCCUGCUGACGAUCGUGCUGCUGGCCUACCUCCUGCAGCCCCGGCAUUUGCUACGCCGACUGUGUCUGCCCCGCCGCCUCUGACAGGUCCGAUCACUUAUGCUGGCCUUGUCGCUCCGGACGGCACGAUCGACUUGGCUGGCCCCUCUGCUGGUUCUGAUGGGGCCCCCUCUGCGCCUGCUGUUCCUGAUCCAGCUCUGGCGCCUGCACCGGCUGCUGAUCCCUGGGCGAAUUGGCAAGGUGUGCAGCAUCAAGUGGCAGCCAAUGCCACAGCUGCCGCUAUUUUUCCUCCAGUGUGCCGUGUGCAGCAAGAGGGUUCGGCUACAGCUCCGUACCUCUGUGCGUACGAGGUGCAACGUGGUUUCCCACUGCCGCCAGGAGUGCCCCCGCUUCGAUAUCCAUUGCACGGGCUGCCAAAAGAGUUAGCCCAGCAUGGGCACUCCCUGAGUGGGUACUGUUGCCUGGGCUGCUGGGGUGGCUGCGGCUAUAGCUGCAGUCGCCCGGUGAGCAGCUCUGCUCGCAAAGCUCACAAGAAUCACUUCUGCGAUGCAUGCCGUCGCUGA